AUCAGUAAUGUCAAGGCAAUUCAAAAAAUUAACGAAACAGAGUUGCAUCUUACUGGUAGCAAGAGCACUACUUGGCACGAUCAAUAUAAAGAAAGUGCAUAUGUUUUUAUAGGCGGCCUAGCUUACGGCCUAACUGAAGGCGACAUAAUUACAGUUUUCUCACAAUAUGGUGAAGUUGUUGAUAUUAAUUAUAUACGCGAUAAAAAAACCGGUAAAACAAAGGGAUAUUGCUUCUUGGCUUAUGAAGAUCAACGUAGUACUACAUUAGCGGUUGAUAAUUUUAAUGGAAUUAAGCUACUUGAUAGAACAAUACGUGUUGACCACGUAAAGAAUUAUCGACCUCCAAAAGAUGAAGAU